CGAAGACGCUACCAUGGAGACAUGUCCAAGUCCUGAAAUCGGCGACUCACGCAAAAGGCCACUCGAUUCCGAUCCGGAAAAUGAACAAACUAAACGCUCACAUUUCAGUUCCGCAUUCCUCCCACAAAACCAAUGAAAACUCUCAACCGAACUCAACUCAAAUGUGAUAAACCCCCAAGCAAGUAAAGCAGUUUAAAAAUGUUGUGAUAAUGCUACGCAAGUAAAGCCUAAAAUAGAAAAGCCGAAAGUUAUUGAUCAAACCGAAACGACUGAAAAUAAAAAUAAACACAAAUCAAAAAAAAAAAACAAAACAAAUGCAACAUCAUCUCAAAAGAUCGCCGUCCUGUCAUCGAGCCAAGCUUCAAGUAUUAUAGAACCAACCGACAGCACCUGCAACAUCAAAACAUCCGAUCGAACUCUGAACUCUGAUAGCUGAACUCAACUCUACAGCUGAAUGUUUAAUGAUUGGAAAGCGGCGCGUAGGUUAAAUCGAGACAGAAAUCCAAAAAAGAAAUACAAUUUACAAAACACAUAAGAAAUAAAAUAAAUAAGAACGAGUACAAUCGAUUCAAGGCAGAAUCAAUUCCGUCGCAAGCAAACCGAAGACUGAACGGGAACGGCAACAAUUCCAAUUCCAAGGCAAUAUUAUGGAGAGUAUUAUGAAGGCGGCCAUGGACAGGGCGGCCGAGCAGCUGAUGCAGCAGUUUGGCUUUGAUUACUUGCAGCAGCAGCUGCAGCAGCAACAGCAGCAGCAGCAACAGCAGCAGCAGCAGCAGCCACAUCUACAGCAGCAACAUGAACAAGAACAAGAACCUGAACUAGAGCCACAAAAUGAACAUCUCACAUAUCGAUAUCAGCUAUCAACGCCCACACAUAUGCAGCAACUAGCUUGUAACUAUCAGCCACGACAUUCCACAACCACGUCGUCGCCCUCAUCAACACACAGCAACAACAGCAGCAGCAGCGGCAGCAGCAGCAGCAACAUCAGCAACAUCGGCAACAUCAGCAACAUCAGCAACAUCGGCAAUCAUAGCAACGCUGCAUACUCAUUAGCCGUUCAUAGCUAUAAGCAGCAAGAAUAUCCGGCUAAUCCCAGUAAUGUUCCGCACCAUCAGAUGGAUCAGUCGCCCCUGAGCGAGAAUGGUUCGCCGAAUGCCACGCCAGGUCUCCAGACGCCGCCAGCAACAUCGGCCGGCACGGGAGCAACACUAUUGGCAGCGACAGCAGCAGCAACAGCAGCAGCAACAACAUCGGGGCCCAACUAUAAGACUAACUCCUGCUGGUGUUACGGUGAGACAACGUAUCACAUGAAAAUACUGGUGCCCGCGGUGGCCUCCGGGGCCAUCAUCGGCAAAGGUGGCGAGACGAUCGCCUCCCUGCAGAAGGACACGGGUGCUAGGGUCAAGAUGUCCAAGUCCCAUGACUUCUACCCAGGCACCACUGAACGCGUGUGCUUAAUCACCGGCUCCACGGAGGCCAUCAUGGUCGUGCUCGAGUUCAUCAUGGACAAGAUCCGCGAGAAGCCCGACCUGACCAACAAGAUCGUCGACGCCGAGUCAAAACAGACCCAGGAGCGCGACAAGCAGGUCAAGAUCCUGGUGCCCAACUCAACGGCCGGCAUGAUUAUCGGCAAGGGCGGUGCCUUCAUCAAACAGAUCAAGGAGGAGAGCGGCUCCUAUGUCCAGAUCUCGCAGAAACCCAAGGAUGUCUCGCUGCAGGAGCGAUGCAUCACCAUCAUUGGCGACAAGGAGAACAACAAGAACGCCUGCAAGAUGAUCCUCUCGAAGAUCGUCGAGGACCCCCAGUCGGGCACCUGCCUGAACGUCUCUUAUGCGGACGUCAGCGGCCCGGUGGCCAACUUCAAUCCGACCGGCUCCCCGUAUGCCACCAACCAGAAUGCCAUCAACUCGAGCACCGCCUCGCUGAACUCCACGCUGGGCACCACGAUCGGCGGCGCCAACUCGGCGGCCAGCCUGCUAGUCAACGGCACCGGCAUUAACUUGUCCAUCAACCUGGGCUCACCCAAUCCGGCGCCCAAUCUAGCGGUUGCCACUCAGCUGCUCGAGCAUAUUAAGGUUGCCAUGCGCGGCUCUGGCUACUCGGAGACCGUGACGAACGAGGUCGUCUCCGCCCUGGGCGUGCUGGCCAAGUACGGCGUCCUCGGGAUGGGCGUGGGCGUGCCGCACACCAAUGGGGCCCACUCCACGUUGGGCAACUUCCUGGGGGUGACGACGCUGGACCAGCAGACUGCGGCCGCCGCGUCCGCGGCCACCGCCAGCAAUGUGUUCGGUGCCGUCGGCCAGGUGAAUCUGGAGCAGUAUGCCGCAGCAGCGGCCGCUGCAGCUGCCGCCAGCCGGCCGACGCAGUCGCAACUGGACGCUGCCGCGGUGCAAUUCGAUCCAUUCCGCCAUUUGGGCUCGGCCACGGCGCCGGGCGCCACGCCCGUCUCGCUGAACAACAACAGCUUCGGGCUGACGGCAGCCACGGGAACGGCGACCACGGCGCAGCUGGGCGGACUCAGCAAGAGCCCCACUCCGGGCGACCUGAGCUCCAAGGACUCGAAGAACGUCGAGGUGCCGGAAGUGAUUAUCGGCGCUAUUCUAGGUCCGAACGGUCGUAGUUUAGUUGAAAUUCAACAUGUUUCUGGCGCAAAUGUGCAAAUUUCCAAAAAGGGCAUAUUCGCACCUGGCACUAGAAAUCGCAUUGUAACCAUAACUGGUCAGCCGAGUGCCAUUGCCAAAGCGCAAUAUCUAAUUGAACAGAAAAUCAACGAGGAGGAGGCAAAGAGGGCGCGACAAAUUCCAUUAACCACUGUUGUGAAUUAAACAAAACAUGAGAAUCCGAAAUCCGAGUAAAGCAACCAACCAGCAAUCUUAACAGAACAACAAACAAAAGCAGGCAAAAAGCAAAACAACAACAACCAAACUACCCAACAACCCCUUACCCAAAAAAAAAAAAUGAAAAUCACACAAGCAAGUUUUUCCUCUCAAAUUUGUUAAUUUCUUAAAAAAAAAAGAGGAUGAACAUAGUAAACUAAAAAACCCGAUUUCUAAAAUAUUACGAGAAGGGAUAACAUAAAAGGAAACACCAAUUGUUAUGCGUGCAGCUAAGAGUUAAGCAAUUAAAAAAAAAAAUAAUAGUAAUAAUUAUGUAUUGCAAGACCCAUACACUUUUUGAGUAAAACUGUUCCAAGGCCUUCACCUCAAGAGAUUUGCUUUAAUAUUAUAACAACGCCCUUUAAGAAAGCGAAAGGAAAAACAGUGAAAAUUUUGUAUAGAUACUAUGUACUACCCUUCUCUACGAUACAUUGUUGCAUUUGUUUGUCACGCUCGAAACUUUAAAAUCGAAAAACAAGUUAUAUUGCCAAUUGCCAGUUAGACACAAACUAGUUGCGAAAGAAAAACCGAACCGUUUGGGUUUUGUUUGUUUGUGAUGCGUAUGUUUGCGUUGCGUGUUUUGUUUUUGUUUUUGGUACUCCCGACCAAGCUAUACGAUACGAUAUACAUGGGGCAUAUAUACAUAUGUAUAUGUACACAGUUGUUGAGUCUUGUUUAUAUAUAUAUUAUCUACACACAUAUGCCCAUACAUAUAUAUAUAUACAUAUGCCACCACCCACUUACACACACACCCCCCAAAAACCCAACCCACACACCUAAUUAUUAGCAUUAUGUUGAGCUAAAACGAUAAAAAAUGUAUAAUGAGCGAGCGUUUUCAGUGAAAACUUCAGGUGAUUCUUACCCUCGAAAUAAGGUAAAUAUUUUACUACACCCCAAAAAAAAAAAAUCAACAAGAAAAACACUUGCUAUUACAACCACAACAGGCUAGUGAAAAAUACAAUUUCAAAGAAAAUACAAGAAAAAAGAGUGACUUUGUUGACAUUUUCCGUGAUUUCGUUAAAGUUUUCUGUUUUUUUUAUCUGUUCUCUGUUGUUGCCCCUCUCCAUAAUUGCUUAUCGCUGUUAAUAUCUAUCUAUAUUCACCCACGAUUCUGCAGCCCGACCUCUGUAUAUGAACACUUUCGGAACGCUACAGUUGAUGUUGAUCUUGAUCAUGAUAAUGUUGUUUAGUUUUAGAGACGAUCCUAAAUGGGAUCGAGUGGUGUUAAUGUGUUGCGCGCGCACGUGAGUCUCCUUUUGGUUUUGAUUUUGUGCUCCCGAUUUGUUACUCCUUAAAUCUUUUGUUUUAUAUGUAUUAUUUAUGAAAAAAAAACACAUUGCGAUUUGUUAGUUGCCAGUCUGAGAACUGCACUCCUUACUUUAUUUUUUUUUGUCAUUUUGCGUUUGUUACCCACAUUUCUUUGGUAAAUUUAGCACAUUUGUUUCUUACAUUAUAAUUUUAAGUCUUACAUUUUCUCUCACCUAAUGCAUCACAAGUAUCUUAAAAACAAACAAAAAUAUGAAAACAUUAAGAACCUUAGCAAAACCAACGUUUCUUUGUAAAAUAUUCAUUUUCAUUUAGGGGUUUCUUCAUAUUACGUCAAAACAAACUAUCCACCAAACAAUUUCCCUUGUUAAUUUUAAGUAUUGUGCAAUUAUUAAACAUUAUUUCAACAAACAUUUCACAACAAUUAUAUGUACAUAUCUAUCUAGAAACGCAGUGUAAAGACAAAAAAGAGAUGUUAACAUCACAUUUAAAAUUUUCCCUAUUCAUAUACACACACACAACACACACACAAGGACAAAAGUACCCAUACGAACACCACUCACCUACAGAGAGAGAAAUGCCUUACUUGUAAUGAAAUUUUUCUUGUUUACUUUAUUCCUUACACAUAUAAUUUAGUUUAACACUUCUUUUCGAUAAAUAAAACGAAGAUGAAACGAAAUUUAAAUAAAAUUUGAUUAAAAAACCUGCUACGUUUAUUUUCUUGUUUAAUUUGGAGCGUUCUGCGCACCACAAACGCCACCGCCACCGCCAUUACCCACCCAUUACCAACCACCCACGAGCGCUAAACCACCACUAACCCAAUCGUAUCCCCAAACCAAAUCAGUCUACAACAUUAUCAUGACCAAUCGAAAUCAACUCAAUCAGACAGUCAGUCAGUCAGUCUAUCAGUCAAUCAGUCAACCACUUCUUUGCUCAGUUCGAUAACUAUUUCGACUUCGAUUCAAUCACUGAAAACGCUCAUCACCGUAGUGAAAUGAUAAAAAGUAACAAACAAACCACAACGGCAACCAAUCCUAAGCUAAGUCUAUAUAUUUAAGUUAAAAGUUGUUCUUAUUAAUUUUUGCUAUUAUUGUUAAAACUUACCUACAAUUGUUCUUAUUUGUGCAAUAUUUAUAUAAUACGAUUAAAAUACAAAUCAAAUGGAAAACAGAAGAUAAUUAUAACAAAAAAACGAAGAAGAUCUAUAAGCAAACUAAUGAGAAAUAUGGAAACAAAAAAAAAAGAGAGUAAAUUUGAAAGUACAGUCGUAAAUGCUAGUGUGCCUUGAAAUAUGCAUUAACAUCCAAAAGAAAACAAAACGAAAACGUAAGGGGAAGGAAUAAGGAAAACGAUGUUGGUGUUUUAUUUAGACUUAUUAUUUUAUGAGUAUCAUAAAGAAAAAAAUCCAGAGAUCGAGACAAUUUGAAAGUACAUACAAUGCAAUAGACCGUCUAAGAACAGCAGAAUUCCACAGUAAGAACUUUGAAAGAAACGUAGCUUAACAAACAACAACAGCCAAGAUCACAACAAGCAUAAAAACACAGAUCCCCCUUCGUCCACCCCACAAAAACCAGUCAACCAAUCAAUCAGCCAAUCAGUCAACCAGUCAACCAACCAAUCAACCUACCAAUCCAACAACAAACGAACAUUUAUUUCGUCUUCUUCGCCUUACUUCAGAACGGGAGAGCAACGAACACCAUUUCAGAGCCCCCAUAUAAUCAGAAUCAGAAUCAGAAUCGAAGCACUAUAUAGUCGUAUCUAUCACAGACACAGACACAAACGCUCACGAUCCCCUGCAUACGCCCACACACACACACACUCACAUGAAACACCUGAAGAACACACCUGAGACACACCUCUCCCAUACAUUCACACAUUCGUACUAAAUAUCAGUAUCACAUGCGCGUGCUCACUGAGUUAUGUUUAAUGUAUGAGUUUUAUAUGAUAUCUAAACAUAGUUGAGGAAGGAAGAAGAAAUAAACACAAAUAUAUAUACUUAUAUUUGUACUGGAUCUGUGAUAUGUAUUUAAAAACAACAAAAAAGAAAAAACAACAAAACAAAGCAAAAAUAUAUUUAUUAAAAAAAAAAGAAGUCAAACGAUACUUGAAAUUAAUUAUGAAAUAAUUAAUUUUUUAAUGAGACAACUAAGAGAAAAGAAAAGCUUUACUUGAAAAGCAAAAGAAAUCUCCCCGAAAUCAAGUUCUCAAUUCAAUUCAUCGAUGAUGCAUGGACGGUCCGAGAGAGUCACAGUCCCCACCCCAUAUGCAUAUACGUAUUCACUGCAAAAGGUCUUUGCCGAUUCCAACUCCGUUUCUCAGAAAUGUCCGAUUUGUGAUCCAAUAGUAUCCGCAUCCGUAUCCGUAUCCGUAACCUCCUCUCCGAGGCUGAGAGGGCGUGACGAAGAGGGGAAGAUGGGAAAAUGGAAAAUGGAGAUACCCGGGGCCGUCGAACCGAUCGGAUGAGAGUCAGAUCCGAUCCCAUCGGUUCCGGUAACCCGCGUCCCGCUUUCGACGUGUUUAUGCUUGUUUGGAUUUUAUUGUUUGAAUGCGUUUGUUAUUUGCUGUACAAAUUGAAGCUUCACGCAACCCGCAGGCCCCCAUCCACAUCCGCGACAAAAAAAAAAACACCAAAAAAUCUAGAAAUGGUAUGUGGGUGGCCAUAGCAACCCAGUCUGCCCCAAAUCCAAGUUGCACCAUUAGGCCGCAUGAUUGCUUUGUGCUUACCAUCGAUACAAAUACAACUGUUACUGCCACUGGCACCCACGAAACCCACUUAUCAGGCACAUUUGUCAUGCAACUCAUCCUCUAUAUCGCCACCCCCUCCCAGAACACCAACUAUCCAACUAACUAUCCACUGCAAUCAUACGAAACUAGAAAACUUUGGAAGGACGUGCGCAUUAAGUUCUGUUCACCAGUACUACACACACGGGUUCAGCAGUUUUAUUAAAUUAUAUAUUGAAAGGCAUCUAUAACAAUAACAAUGGAGGAAUGGAUAGAUGGUAGGGAAAAGAAAGUAAUACAGCUGUUAUUUCAACGACGGAGUCUAUUAGUGUUAAAGUAGUAAACAUAAAAGCAACUUUUAUUAACUAUAUACAUACAAUACAUAAAUAUCUAAAGUAAUUCAAAUUCGACUUUGAACAUUUAAAGAAAAAAACCCAACAAGAACAACAAGUUAAUGCGAAUGGGCAAUGUGUUUUGCUCUUCGAAAUGAAAUCCGUAUGUUGCUAAAAUACAAAUAUGUAAAGAGGAGUUCAAUUUAUCAAUCAAAUCUCGUAUAGUACAUACAUAUAUUACAUACAUACAUAACUACAUACUUAAAGCGAAAAAAAAGCGAAGUAACUUUAUUAUAAUUUGUUAUGCUUUGCCACCCACACUGUUAUUAGAACAAUUAAACAUUACGAUGCGUAUGCAUUAUAUUAUAAAUGUACACACCCCCCAUAUGCAUAUACCUGUAUGUAUACCUACAUAUACUAAAAAUCGUAAACGUACAUGGCAGUCGAGCAGAGCAGAACGUAAAUGAAAUGAUAUGUUUGCGAUUUGAUGCGAACUUUGCUGGUAUUGAUAGGUCGGAGAAUCGAAUCGGAGAACUAACUGAAUCAUUAUAUAACCUCAUAUAGCAUUGUAUGUAUAAAUCUAUCGGAUUGGCCGACCCGGCUACGGAGAGACGUUCAUUCAGCAACCACAACAGAAGCAUACAACAUUAGUAAAAUAUUAAAUACUAUAUAUAUACACAUACACUAAAAGUAUAAAACGUAGUCGUUAGUGUGAUAAAUAAAAUUAAUAUUAAUUAAUUCAAGCAAAUAAAAGCGGUUUAACGAUUGAAACAAAAGAACCCAGUACCCCGAAAAAAGGUCCGUGCAGAGCCUCACUCUCUCAAAAAAAAAACAUCGAUCAGUGCAGCUCGGCACGGACCUCAAAAACUAUUUAUUUACCUGCGUUUCCAUUUGGCACAGUUUCAUUUAGCACACAUGGGUCUACAUCAAAAAUAUGUAAAGUAGCCGAAAAGAUUUUAAACUCUCUCAAUGAUCGAAAAUCGAAAGUCGAAGAAACCGAUGCACCAGAUAUUGCUGUGCAGUAUUGGAGGUGCUGGAGAAAAAGCGUAGACGUAAUGCCGUUAAAUGAUCCUAGCCUAAGUCAUAAUUCAUAAAACUGCAUCACAGUCAUAGUGAAAAAAAAACACAACAACACCAUAUAUAAAUGAAAUCUUAUUCAGUGUACAAAAUAGUUAACGGAAAAACAAUAUUAACUUUCGGAUCGUAACAAGUAAAAAUCGAAUUUUCGAGUCUUCUUCACUUAAACACUUUCGCAACCAAAAACCUAAGAAGUUGCAUACGUGAGUACCUUAGAGAACAGAAACAAAAGUUACAUAGAAAUUACGGCCUUCACGAUAUCUGGCCAAUAUCAAGAGCAACAGAUCCCCGAAAGUCCAACAUUUCGCUCAACAUGUAGGAAUUAUUUUAUACAAGCGAAUAGAAUUUCAAAUAAUUGAUUCGAUAGCAUUACCUUGGGACCCUCUGGGAGUUACUUAGGAGAUCCCCGGUUGAGAAACACUAGCACACUCUUCACUCAACGUCAAAUCCCGUUGCACACUAUAUAGGAAUUACGAACAGCAGCAGCAGCCACACUUUUCGAUCUCUCAAUAGGUUUAUAUAGACAAGAAUUAAUAAUAACGAUAUUGACACUGAUCGAUAUGGUCAUUCGAAAGCGCGGAACAUUAGCAAAAAGCAAACAUCAUGGAAACUCAUUCAAAAGUAAAAGUACUAAAUCUUUUAUGAUUUGACUGUGAUAAUAAUAAUGACAAAAUGAGAAAUGAAGUCGGAAGGUGUAAACAAAUUAACGUAUAUAGAGUAUUUAAAUGUAUGUAAAUACAAUGCCGCCUAUAUAGGCUAAGCGAAUGUAAUAUUAACCUAGGUGCGAAAAAAAUGGAGGCUCCA